CAAAUUGAAUAUCUGUGGUAACAUCGAGACGUGUGUUCGAAUGUGCUUUGUGUUUUAAAAUGCGUCGGGAAGAAAUGUGGUCGCAGUUGGCAACCCUAGGCUGGGUUGCGGUUAUGGUGGGAUGUCAUGCCCCUGCGGGAGAGUUCGCGGGGUCGAGAUUAGCGACGGCUGAUGAUAGAUUCAGUGAUACAUUCACUGCGGCCUACAUUAACAUCACGUAUCCGAACGAGCAUGGUGUGCUGUACACGGAAACCUCUGAGACUGGUAAAUACGGCGAGGGUUUCGUGGGCUCGUCGAGAGGGGUCGCCGUUCACGUGCGGGCCGCGGGACCAGAAGGAGAAAAGGACCACACCGGGUGCAAGUGGCCACUCCUCUCGGCCGCUGCUCCCGGUGAACCACUGCCGUCUGAACCUUGGAUUGCAGUUAUUAAACGAGGGAAUUGUAACUUCGAGAUCAAGGUGAACAAUGCGUGGCGCGCCAACGCCUCUGCGGUCCUCAUCUACAACGACCGCGACGCCCCCGACCUAGAGAAGAUGAAAUUAUCCACAGAUAAUGGACGUAACAUAAGUGCUGUGUUCACGUACAAAUGGAAAGGCGAGGAGAUCACUCGGCUGGCAGACAACGGCACCCGCGUCAUAGUGGCCAUCAUCAAGGGUAGACAGACUAUCACGCGUAUCACUGGCGUUAAUAAGACGUCGGUGCUGUUCGUGUCCAUCUCAUUCAUCGUGUUAAUGGUGAUAUCUCUCGCGUGGCUCGUCUUUUACUACAUCCAGCGCUUCAGAUAUAUACACGCUAAGGACCGCCUCUCUAAACGCUUAUGUUGUGCUGCAAAGAAGGCGCUUUCGAAAAUUCCUACUAAAAGUCUUAAGUCUGAUGAUCGAGAAGUACAAGGCGAUGGCGAGUGCUGCGCCAUCUGUAUAGAGCCUUACAAAGUAUCGGAAACUUUAAGAUCUCUUCCUUGUGGACACAACUUCCACAAGAACUGCAUCGAUCCGUGGCUGCUGGAGCACCGCACCUGCCCCAUGUGCAAGAUGGACAUACUCAAGUACUACGGCUUCGUGUUCACGGGCAGUCAGGAGAGCAUCCUGCAGCUGGAGGUGGAGGAGGCCCGCAGCCGCGCGCUCAGCCCCGCCAGGAACCGUCACCCGCUCACACUUUUGACGAGCGACAACUCGUACACGGCGGGCAGCGAGCGCAGCAGCCGCGCCUCCUCGCCCGACGAGCUGUUCGUGUACAUCAUCGCCAUCCAAUAG